AUGAACAACGGUGCAAAGAUGCCCGGCGUUGGCAAGGGCUGUUGGCUAGGGCCAGGGGGCGGCCACGACGUUGCUGUAGAGAUGUGCAAGAACGCGCUCAAGAGCGGAUACAGGCACAUCGACACCGCUGCUGGGUAUUACAACGAAGAGCUCGUCGGAAAGGCAAUUCGAGAGCAAUGCGAUGGACACCGCGUCCGCGAAGCGUUCGAAGACUCUCUGAAAGCCCUGGAUAUCGAGUACAUCGACCUGUACUUGAUGCACUGGCCCGUAACGCAUACCGCAGACGGUUCGCGUGCUCGCCCAUUUGAAGAGCAUCCAAAUUUUGUCGACGUUUGGGCCGAGAUGGAGAAGCUCCUCGACACAGGCAAAGUCCGCGCCAUCGGCGUCUCCAACUUCUCCAUAAAGAACCUGGAGAUCCUGCUCAAGCAUGCCAAGGUCGCGCCAGCGAACAACCAGGUCGAGAUCCACCCCUACCUCCCGCAGCACGCGCUACAAAAGUACUGCGACGAGAAGGGUAUCCUCCUCUCCGCGUACUCGCCGCUCGGCCAGGGCAACCCGAUGUUCUUCAGCGACCCCGACUUUGCCAGGAUCGCCGAGAGCCACGACGCCACGCCGGCACAGAUCUCGAUCAGCUGGCUCGUCCAGCGGGGCACGCCACCGAUUGUGAAAAGCGCCAACGUCGAGCGCAUGAAGAAGAACAUCACCGUGAGUCCCCCCGUUCAGUCGUAA